GCACUGGAUACCAUAACCAAUGCAUUGCAUUCCACAACUAAAAUUGUCGUCUCGAAUUGUAACCUCAGUCUUAAAACCAGUGAUUUAAAACGACAAAAAAUAACUAUGUCGGAUUGGGACACUGUUACGAUUCUCCGAAAGAAACCACCAAAAGCAUCCGCACUUAAAACUGAACAAGCAGUAAAUGCCGCACGUCGUCAAGGUUUACCAGUUGACACGCAACAAAAAUAUGGUGCAGGUACUAAUAAACAGCAUGGUACAACAAAAAAUACCGCUAAACUUGAUAGAGAAACUGAAGAAUUACGACAUGAAAAAAUACCGCUUGAUCUAGGAAAACUGAUAAUGCAAGGAAGACAAGCAAAAGGUAUGAGUCAAAAAGAUUUGGCAACAAAAAUUUGUGAAAAACCUCAAAUUGUGAAUGAUUACGAAGCUGGUCGUGGAAUUCCAAACAAUUUGGUACUUGGAAAAAUAGAAAGAGCAAUUGGAAUAAAACUUCGAGGAAAAGAACGAGGCCAACCAUUACAGCCUCCUGGAGGAAAAAAAUAACGGAUUCCCUGGGAGGCGAAGACAUUUCUCCGAUUUGUUUAUUGCAUAAUAAUUAUCUCAUUUUGCCGUUGUGUUCUCUACUACAAAUAAUUAGUAACAUCGUGUUAAAUAUGAUGUAAGCAUUUAUUUUUCUUGGGGUUCUGGAAUGUUCUGCCUGUGAUGUUACCAUCUUGAAAAAAUAUGUAGAUAAUGCACCUUGGAUAUGGAUGUGAUAUGCAAUAAAGAAAGUUAUUUAUAUAUUAAAGUUCUUGUAUAAAUUUAUCAUGGUUAUUGUGAAAUUGUAAUCGAUCCUACAUGUGAAAUUAAAACAAAGUGUGUAAUGUCAUAUUUCAA